UUAUAUAAUUAGCUCGCUUACAUUCGUACUUCAACUUUUCUCUCUGUAUUGUCCUUUUAAUUACAUUUUGAUGUUCUUUAAUAGCAUCCCAAUCCUCUGGCUUCCCACUAAUCUUUGCAAUAUAUGCUUUCUCUUUUGUUUUAAUGUUGUCCUUGACCUCCCAUGUCAGCCAUGGUGGUCUUAUUCUCCCCCUGGAAUCUUUCUCCUCUUUGGAAUGAAAUGACCUGCACCUUCCGAAUUAUCCACAGAAAUUCCUGCCAUUGCUGCUCUACUGUCAUUCCUACUAAAGCCCCUUUCCAGUCAAUCUUUGCCAGCUUCUCCCUCGUGCCUCGGUAGUCCCGUUUGCUCAGCUGUAAUGCCGACACAUCCAAUUUCACCUUCUCCCUUUCCAAUUGUAGGUAAGUCCUAUCAUAUUGCAAUGAAACGGGCAUUUGAAUAGGAAAGGCAAUGAAGGAUACAGACCUAAUUUAGAAAAUUAGGAUUCGUGUAGAUGAGCAAAAUGGAUGGCAUGCACAUGGUGGGCCGAAGGGCCAGUUUCUCUGCUGUUCCGUCUAUGAUUCAAAGGUAGACACAAAAUGUUGAAGUAACUCAGCGGGACGGGCAGCAUCUCUGGAAAGAAAGAACGGGGGACAUUUUGGGUCAAGACCCUUCUUCAGACUGAAAGAUUUGGCUAGAUUACUACUGCCCUGGCAAAUUAACUUAGAGUGGCAUAAGUAGAUCAGAGGCCAUUUGAUUUCUGUAGUGAUGCCUAUUUCUGUAGUGAUGCCUAUUAAUUUUGCUGAAAUUCUUUGUUAUUUUGCUACCGUUUUUUUUAACCAGAUCACAUUACAUUUUUCUCUUUUUUGCAUAAUCCUUUCCUUUGGCCUGUUGCCUUUGUUCCACUUUUGCUGUUCUUUGUUUGCCCUGUUCCCUCUGCUUGCGCUGCAUUCCCUUCCUGCACUGAGAUGGCACAAUCUGACAUGCCUCAGGCAAACUCUGAAGAUGGUGAGUCCUCUGCUCACACACACACUGAGAAUGCCAGCUGCAAUGACCACUGCACCAGGAGGACAAGCUCCACACAGACCACUGUGGGUCAGAAGCAGCUUGCACAUUUUCUGAAGGAAGACUCCGAUGACUCUGAAGUAGAAUGGAUAAUGAAGGAGAACGGCAAUGAAAAAUUCCCUGUGUGUGUUAUCCAAGGGAAUUCUCCAAUAAAUGUAAUAUACCAGGAAAACUUAGAGAUCAAACCUGGAAUAUCAGAAACGUUGAAUUCAAAUUCACCUGGAACGUCAGAUGUAGAUAGAGACCAGUUCUGGCAACAGCCAUUCCAAACGCAACGGUCCGAUGGUCUUCUAGUUACUAUUGAGUCGAUGUCACAUAACUCCACAUCCAGGCCAAAGAGUCCUUUUGGAAAAUGGGACCCGUAUGACUCGUCUGAGAACCAGGAGAAAGAGUAUGUUGGCUUUGCGACGUUACCCAACCAGGUUCAUCGCAAGUCCGUCAAGAAAGGGUUUGAUUUCACACUCUUGGUGGCAGGAGAAUCGGGCCUUGGGAAAUCAACCCUGGUCAACAGCCUUUUCCUCACUGACUUGUACAAGGCGAAGGAUUUCCUCGACACAGAAGAGAGAAUCACACAGACUGUUGAAAUCACCAAGCAUUCGGUGGAAAUUGAGGAAAAAGGAAUCCGUCUUCGGCUCACAAUUGUGGACACACCAGGAUUUGGUGAUGCGGUCAAUAACCAAGAAUGUUGGAAACCAGUUGCGGAUUACCUGGAUCAACAGUUUGAGCAAUACUUCCGUGAUGAGAGUGGCCUGAACAGGAAAAAUAUUGUAGACAAUAGAGUUCACUGCUGCCUUUACUUCAUCUCUCCUUUUGGACAUGGGUUACGUCCAUUGGAUGUGGAAUUCAUGAAAGCUGUGCACGACAAGGUGAACAUUGUUCCAAUCCUUGCCAAAGCUGACACACUGACUCCCGCAGAGGUUAACAAAAUGAAGUCAAAGAUCCGUGAAGAAAUCAAAUCCUAUGGGAUCAAAAUCUAUCAAUUCCCAGACUGUGACUCCGAUGAAGAUGAGGAAUUUAAACAGCAGGAUCAGGAAUUGAAGGACAGCAUCCCAUUCACUGUGAUUGGAAGCAACACUGUGGUUGAAGCCAAAGGAAGGAGAGUUCGAGGACGACUUUAUCCCUGGGGAAUUGUAGAAGUGGAGAAUCCAACGCACUGUGACUUUGUGAAGUUACGAAACAUGUUGAUCCGAACGCACAUGCAGGACCUGAAAGAUGUGACCCGUGACGUGCACUAUGAAAAUUACCGAGCACAGUGCAUCCAGAGCAUGACCAGGAUGGUAGUGAAGGAGAGAAACAGGAAGAAUGGCAUGACUGAACCAAGGCUACUUCCCAGGGCCUCAACCCUGAAAUCAAGUCAAGUUCUGGCAGAUUCGGCAGCAACUGUAAUAUUGCCCAAGAAAAGAACCUACAUGCCUUCAGCCGAGGCAAGUCGUUACUUUGCAGAUGGGCGAACCAAUUUUUAAUUUUUAUGAAGAUAGAAAAGAGAAGCAGUCCUCUACCAAGCAUGGUUAUCCUUUCAAUCCCACUUGCAGGAUCCUGCUGGCCCAAUUAGCCUUUACAACUAAAUUUUCUGCUCUGUAAAAUCAAUAUGUUUGCAAACCACUUUGGGAAUUCCUCAGAAAAUGAAGGAGAAUUCAAUGUUGAAGACUCCUUUUUCCACCAUUGCUAUAGUUUGCCUCUCUUUUGGGGUCUAGGCACAGAUCAGUGGUCCAAAAGUCUUCUAUCCUGGAUGUUCAAUGUUAGGUUGUGAAUAUUAAUGGUUAUGUUGCACUAUUUAAAGACUGAGGCCUUUCCUAAGAUGGACUAGGCACCCUCCUCCCCUCAGUCACUGAUAUGCAGCUAAUCUGAGCACUUAGCAUGUGUUUUUUACUGUACAUGUUUGUCACCACACGAGUCUUAAUAAAGACACUGUAAAAUUGCAAGCUGACAGAACGGGGGGUGCAGAGGUGGCAGAUGGAAUUUAGCACAGAGAACUGCGAGGUGAUGCAUUUUGGCAGAAAGGAUGGGAGGCAGAAAUACAAACAAGAGAAUUUUCUAAUGAUGGUGCAGGAACAUUGGUAUCUGGGGUAUAUGUGCAUAGAUCUUUGUGGCAGAAUAAACUGAGACAAUAGUUACAAAAGCAAAUGAGAUCUUUGGCCACCAGUUAGAAUAGACCAUAGAACUAGUCCCUUGGCCCACUUUUGAAUGCUGAACAUGAUACCAAGACUAAUUCUUGUCUGCCUGCAUAUAAUCCACAUCCCUCCCUUUCCUGUAUAACCAUAUGCCUAUCCCAAAGUAUUUUAAAUACACUACAUAUCUGCCUCAACCAUCACCCCCUGGCAGCUCGUUCCAUUCACUCGCCACCCUCUGAGUAACUAAGAAAAACUUGCCCUGCACAUCCCCUUUAAACUUUGUCCCUCUCACCUUAAAGCUAUGUGCCUAAAGCUAUGCCAUUAAAGAAUGGUGGAGAGCAGACCCAAUUUUCGCCAGUGUUCAUUUUGUGCGGCCCAGUCGAUUAGUAGGUAAAGCAAUACUCGGUCAGAAAUAUAAUCAGAAAUGUGUAAUGCUCUCGUCGGGGUGGAUACCAGUGUUGCAUCAUGAGGACAUACCAACCAGGCACUCCUUGUGUUUGUGGAAUAACAAACUUUGCACAGAUUAGAACAAUUUCCUAUAAAAUGAGACUGUUUAACCCUUGCGUCGGUGAUGAAUUGUACAGACUGACUUUUGAGCAUAAUGUAAAUAAUUGCUGGUUCCAUUAUUGCCUCAGCUGGCAUAUUGGGUAUGUUCAAAACCAUGCAGGUCUUUGACCAUUGUGUUCCUAGAAAGGAGACGUACAAACAUUGCUUACCGCAGUUUUCUUCUGGAAAGCUAUAACCCAUUGGAGCUACACAAGAUAUACUUCAACGAGAAAUAGCACCUCACUAGAGAAAUAAGUACUAGAAAAGAUGAUAGGUGAGUAGCCAAAAUGAAUAAAUAAAUACAAUAGAGCUGGAAAGUAAAAAUGAUUGCAACUUCCCACAUUCUGCCAUAAGUGGUUUUGUUUGGAAAUCAUCUGCACAUCAUGACACCAGACAAUGUGAUUAAAUAUGAUGAUAGAAAAAUGUCUGGAGCAAUGUGUUUUGGUCCAUUCCAGUAUUACAAUUAGUUGUAUCAUUAGAAAGAAAAGUUAGUCCUGAGGGAAUGUGACCAGCUCACAGCUGCUAUCCAUAUGUCUGAAGAAGGGUCUUGACCUGAAAUGUCUCCCAAGAGUCUGAGGAAGAGACUCGACCCAAAACGUCGCCCAUUCCUUCUCUCCAUAGAUGCUGCCUCACCCGCUGAGUUACUCCAGCAUUUUGUGUCUACCUGCGGUUAAUCUCUUGCUUUGAACACUUCCUGAACACAAAAGGGGUCAAUAUUUAAUUACUUUGCAAUACUGAAAUAAUGUAGUCAACUCGGCAUCUGAAACGCAUUAUUAUUCAUGCUGUCAACCAAUUCAAAAGGUGAACAGGGUGAUGUCGGUGGCGACAUUUGUUCCACUCAACAAUGAUCCAAGGGAUUGCAAUGUAUAAUUAAUCUCAUGCAGUGAUUGUUAUGCACAGCUGCCUGCUCAGUUCAAAGAUAUGGAAGUAGCCACAUUAGUAAAGCGUCAUUCUUGUCAAUAGCUGGCUCCAGUUAAAGCCAGCUUGCACUCUAAAAGGGGAGGCUUGGAUAGUCUGGUGCAAGGAAUUGCAGUUGUGCUUUAGUGAAUCUUUCUGGGACACGAGGGAGAAUGGGCACUACGUAGGAAUAAGGUUGCCCAGUUCUUGCUUGGAGACCUUGCUGGAAUUGUGGUUUUAAAACAUGGAGACCUUCUCUUUCUAAAAGGUACAAGGGAUAUGGAGAAAAAGGUGAGAUACAAACCAGAGAUGAUGCCAUUGAUUAGCAGAGGCUGGAUGAGCAAAUCCCUUUGUGGCACGAUGGUGUGAAUUCUCCACAGUCAGUCCUGAGGAAAGUUGAAGCCAGCAUUCUCAGUUGUACUGCCUCCCUCCAGGUUUUCCUCUUUGGACUAAAAAAAUAAAUGCCUUGGUAUCUAGAAAUAAUUACCGUUGAAAUCGGUAUUAAGAAUAUUAAAAUGUUUCUGGUUCUGUUGCAGGUUGAGAUAGGUUGCGUUUCCUACAAAUCAUCAUUUUCAGACCUGUUUUACUCAAGAACUUUUAGUCACCGCAGGUUUACUGUCUUAAACCCACAAAUAAACAAAACAAGAUAAGUCUAUAAGAGAGUUCUGUAGUCCCUUAGUUAUUUACAAUAGCUCCAUCCUUGAAUGGAGUUCAUCAAAUAUUUACAAGCAUUUUAUCACUAGCAAAAGCAGAAUUUGCAUGCAUCGUAUAAUGGGAUUAAAACCUCGGGUUAGACUUUAUCCACUUUAUUCAGCAGCAAACUAGAAAAGGAAUCUUAAAUGUGACCAGAAAAAAUGUCACAUCCAAAAUAUUUUGCAGGGUUGGAUGUGAUAGCAACAUUUUGAUCCUGUUACAGAGAAUCUUUAUUGAUUAAUCCAUUUAUGUUUAACCGAGAUGACCCAUGUGAACAGGAAUGCAGCAUUUGGUUCUUCAGACUUCUUCUGCCUUUCAAAGCAUAGAUGAUGAGUGUGUCAAUUCUAUUUACCUGCUACCAAAACAAAUGUCUUGAUAUAAUGACCUGUCGAUUUGAGCAUGGCCCAGCAGCCAUAGCUUUCAUGGAAUAACGCUGAUCUUGUCCAUUCCCUCUUGGUUGUAACAAUAUUUUAUGAUUUGCCAUGCUCUACGUUUAUAAUUGUGCUAAUUUGUUCUGGAUCUGCUUGCCAUAGGAGAUGGCUUCUCUGCAGCUAUUCCGUUGAUUAUGUUUAAAGACCUCAAUUCGUUCAGCUCCUGAUCAUAGCAUUUUUGCCUGUACUCAAUGCCAGCACUACUGCAUUGAAAUUAGAAGGUAUGGGGUCAAGUUUAUUCCAUAAACCUGAAUAUAUAACUAAUUUGGCGCAGUGAAGAUGUGGAUCACAGAAAUGACCUCGACACUACAUUUAGAAAAGAAUCAGACCAAUUUUCCAAAACAAGGUCUCCUUUCAUUGAAUUUCUUCAACAAUAGAAUGGUUGAACACAAUUUUAAAACCGAUGCUCGAGUUGGGUGAGCGGGGGUAGGGAAGGAUAGUGGGACAUAUCUCUGUUUUUCUUUUCUCUUUUUUUCCCCUCACUUUUUUGGCAGUUCAGGGUUUUUUCUUCUUUUUCUUUUUCUUCAUUCUUUCCUUUUUACCUUUUUUUUCCCCCGAUUCAUUCAUCAGUUUAUAAAAUGUAAAAACAAAAAUAAUUUGGUGUCUGAUGCAGGUCUGAAGGAAUUUACCACUAGGUGGCGCAUUUUCACAUGAAACAUUAAAGCAAGCCCAACAUUUGCCUUCUGAUGUGAAUAUAAAAUAUCCCACUUAAUUUUAAAGAAUAGACAGAAGAGAUUGCCUUACCUGCUGGGCACCCAGCUAAACAACAUGACUUUCGGAUAACAAUUCAGGUAGAUAACAAGCGUUUAGGAGCAUCUUGUGCACAAAUGUAAGGAGCAUCUUGAAGGAAGGAAGAGGCGCGUGAAAGCAGAGGAUUAAGGAGAGAACUCCAGAGCUAAAGAUUUGGUGCCUAAAGGCAUAGACCCAAUAGUGGGGAAGUCAACGUCAGGGAUAAUCCAGAGGAUUGAACUGGACAAGGUAUCCCAAGAGAUAUUCUGGAGAAUUAAUUUCACUGAAAUAGAUUAUCUCAUAAUGUUUAUGUUCUGAAGAACCUUCCUGUGUGUAAUUAGACCAUAAAAAGUCUUCUGAGAAAUUUAGGUUAUAAAAUGGCAAUUUCUAAAUGCACAUCUUUCCUUCAUUAAACCCAAAGAAAUACAGAUCAGUUUAUUGUCAAAUACACCAGGGUACAAUGAAAUCCCUUGUGCACAUACAACUCAAAGGUAUAUAGUAUAAACAAAGUAGUGAUAAAAAAACCAAUAAAUACACCAAUUGGUGAAAAACAGCAGAAUGGUGCAAGAUUAUAGUGCAGUUGAUGGAAAACAGGUUGUUCUUGAACUUGGAGGUAAUGAUUCACAGACUACUGUAUUCACCAUCCCGAUAGUAGCCGUGAGAUAAGAGGGUUGCCAGGGUCUUUGAAGCACUUAGCUGCCUCAUGUGGCAUCACUCCCUGUACAUCGCUUCAAUGGUGAAUAGGCUAAUACCCAUGAUAGACCAGGCGAUGUUCACCACUUUCUAUAGCCUUAUUUGUUCUUAGCCAGUCGAUAUAAAGCCCAAUUUGUAUCAGCUAAUAUCAUUUCCAUAACAACAGUCCAACUGAUAACCAAGUGUUGGAUCUAGUUCUGGUAAAGGACCCAAGUGGAACUUAAUUUGUUUGAAGACCAUUUUGGAUCACCACUUCAAUAAGUUUAAAGUAGUUAUGGAAAAGAAUAAGGAUUAUUCAAACAUCAAACAUUGAUGAGCACGUUGAAUGGUGAAACAGGUCUAAAGGCCAAAUAGCCUCCUUCUGGUCCUAUUCACUGUGUCUCUCAAUUUGGCCAGUUGUGCAGGAUCUGGCCAUGAUGUAUGGGAAACAAAAUUGUCAGGUUAAAUGUGGGCAGCCUUCAAAUAGAGUUUAAGUACAAACAAUACAUUACCUAAUGGAGAAAUGAAUGGCAUUUAAAGCUACCGAUCCCAGGAUGCCUUUGGAAAAGUAAUUAAAGUGAAAUGGGAAAUUCAAAACUCAAAACACUUGCAGAUGCUGGAAAACUGAAAUAAAUCAGAUAUUGCUGGAAAUAUUAAGCAGGUCAGACGCUAUCUGGAGAGUGGAUAUAGUACACAUUUCAGAUCAAUUUCCUUUCAUCCGAAUAUAAUAAAUUUUCAGGCUCUUAAAUAAACAAGUUCAAGCUUAACGGAUUACAAAUAGGGACAGUAACUGGAGGUGGGGGAAGUUCAGUUUAGUUUACUGUCACGUGUACUGAGGUACAGCGAAAAGCUUUUGUAGCAUGCUAACCAGUCAGCAGAUAGACAAUACAUGAUUACAAUAAUUUCCAUUUCCAAUGUAUUGUAAAGUGUACAUUGUGAAGAUCAGCAGGUGUCAUAUGAAAGAAUAUUAAAAUCUGUUCUAAAGAUACAGAAAGUGAAAAAUUUAGUUUAAGGAAUGUUGGACCGAUUGGAACACGGAAAUAUUGUGGUGGCAGAAGAAAUGGCUGAGACGUGCGGUUCUCCACGACGGUGAUGGAGGACAAGGUAGAUAAAUUAGAUGGGGUAAAAAAGAGAUUAAAUCAAAGCUUAUUCAGAUUGGAAAAAAAUCGCCACAUCUAAUGAGAUGUAUCCUAGAAGGAAGUAAGGAUGGAAAUAACGAAACCAGCCGUCUUAUUCAACCUGCCCACCCUAGAAAUGGGGGCAGCAAACUGCAAAUGUCACGUCCCUGCUCACUGCAAGAGAAAUGCAGUUUGGGAAUCCUCUCCUGAUGAUAUUCCAAAAGAAAAUAAUUGUCAUGGCUGUUUUGUUGAUUCUGUUCUUCAACUAAAAGUUGAAGAGGGCUGUUGAAACGAGCGCAGUGCAUAUGCUUUGAAAUGUGAAACAAUAAAUAUACACUCAAACGUUCCUACAA